CCGGGGACCGGGGAGGAGCGGGGAGGAGAGCAGCCUCCAGCCCGGGAUGCUGCGGGGAGCUUGGCGCACGGGGUACCCCUGCCGCGCACUCCGGAGGUGGGUGUAGGGGAGCCCCUCUGCCCCCGGGUCUUCUCCACCCCCCCCAGGGACCUCAGGGCAGGGUGCGGGGUCCUCCCUUUCCCCCCAGAAGCUGUGCGCCCGGUACCUGGCAGCAGAGGCACCGCGCACGGCAGCAUCCGCAGCAGGCGCUGGGCUCCUGCUCACAGCCGACCCCGGAGCUUUGGGUAACCGCCCCCCUCCUGCGCCCCAAAAAAGAGCCGGGAGUCCCCCGGCUGCCUGCCCCCAGCCCCGGGCACUUCGGUGGCCUCCGAGCACACGGCAGCAGCUCAGGCUCUGGCUGCAGAGAGCUGCCAGCAGUGGGAAAACCCCUCCGUGCUCCCCGCACCCCGCUGAGCAUCUUCAGCUCGACGGGCACAGGGAUGCUGAGCGGCAGGGACAGGGCGCAUGGGCAUCCCAGGGACAGUGUCACCUCCCCAGUCCUGCCCCAGCCGCCCCCAGCACGCAGCCGAUGGAUGGGGACACCCCCCGGGAUGUCAGAUGCCCCCCUGGAUCCCCCCAGCCCUGCCCCGAUCCCACUGGGCAUCCCAUCUGGGGCUUGCCCCAGCAGCCUGCAGCCAGCACCCCGGCACGCCUGGGAGGUGCAGGGCCACGAGCCCAUGGUGACAGGGUGCUUCGGGCUGGGCUGCAGGCAAGGGACAAAAGCUUUCCUCCUCUGCACGUUUCUAAUGGCUCCUCUGAGACCAGCCCCACGACUCCCCGCCAGGAAGCCUCUCCGAGCUGUGGACCAGCCCCCGCUCUGCUGAUCAUGGUCAACAAGACCUUAACCUACUGGGGUCCCGGCUUCGAGGAGGACGUUAUCAACAUCAACGUGGGGGGGCUGAGGCGGCGGCUCAGCUCCAGCGCCCUCUCCAAGUUCCCCGACACCCGCCUGGGGCGCCUGCUGUCCUGCGACUCGGAGGAGUCCAUCCUGCAGCUCUGCGAUGACUACGACGUGAGCGCCAGGGAGUUCUACUUCGACCGAAACCCCGGCUUCUUCCUCUACGUGCUGCACUUCUACCAGACGGGGAAGCUGCACGUCAUGGAGGAGCUCUGCGUCUUCUCCUUCUGCCAGGAGAUCGAGUACUGGGGCAUCAACGAGUUCUUCCUGGACUCCUGCUGCAGCUACCGCUACCACGAGCGCAAGCUGGAGGGCCGGCACCACAACUGGGACGAGGAGAGCGAGGUGAGCAGCGUGGACACGUCCCCGGAUGAGAUCUCCGACAUCAACCACGAGCUGCUGCGCUACAGCACGCUGCGCUGCGGCAACGCGCGCAAGCGCCUCUGGCUCACCAUGGAGAACCCCGGCUACUCCAUCCCCAGCAAGCUCUUCAGCUUCGUGUCCAUCAGCGUGGUGCUGGUCUCCAUCGCCACCAUGUGCAUCCACAGCAUGCCCGAGUACCAGGAGGCGGACGAGGCCGGCAACGUGCUCGACGAAGCCGUCCUGCACAAACUGGAGUAUUUCUGCAUCUCCUGGUUCACCUUCGAGGUGUCCUCCCGCCUCCUGCUCUCCCCCAACCCCAAGAAGUUCUUCAAGCACCCCCUGAACCUGAUCGACAUCGUCUCAGUGCUGCCCUUCUACUUCACCCUCUUGGUGGACCUGACCAUGGGCAGCGACUCGGAGCUGGGCAACCUGGGCAAGGUGGUGCAGGUCUUUCGGCUCAUGAGGAUAUUCCGGGUGCUGAAGCUGGCUCGGCACUCCACGGGGCUGAGGUCGCUGGGGGCCACCUUGAAGCACAGCUACCGGGAGGUGGGCAUCCUGCUGCUCUACCUGGCCGUGGGGGUCUCCGUCUUCUCCGGCGUGGCCUACACCGCGGAGAAGGAGGAGGACGUCGGCUUCGACACCAUCCCGGCGUGCUGGUGGUGGGGCACGGUCAGCAUGACCACGGUGGGCUACGGCGACGUGGUGCCCGUCACGGUGGCGGGCAAGCUGGCCGCCUCGGGCUGCAUCCUGGGGGGCAUCCUGGUGGUGGCACUGCCCAUCACCAUCAUCUUCAACAAGUUCUCCCACUUCUACCGCAAGCAGAAGGCGCUGGAGGCUGCCGUGAGGAACAGCGAGAAGAAAGACCCCGAGGACACGGAGAGCUGCUCCAGCCACGACCGGGACUCGGAGGCGCUGAGCGAAACCUCCCUGGGCAGAGGCAGCCCCGACCGCCGCGGUCUGACCCCCGGCGUCCUGCCCGCCCCCUGAGCCCCCCGGGACGUGGCGGAGGGGCCGGGCUUCCCCAUCUCCCAGCCCCACACAGGGGACAGGAGGGGCUGGGGACGGUGCCCACCGGCUGCUGCCAGCCCCGGGGCAGUGGGAGGCAGCAGCUGGGGAGGUUUGGGUGCGUCUCAGCUGGAGGUACCCCAGCCAGGGGACAGGAAGGGAGAGGGGAGAAAAGAAAAGUGGGUGACCCCGAACAGGCGCUGCUCUGGGUGCAUGAAGGGUGGUGCUCCUCCAUCCUAAAGUCAUUUAGGGCAUGGCGGUCGUUCCAGAGCUGCUGCUGCUGCUGCUGGCACCCGGCCCACGCAGCAGAGAGGAGGCAGAGUGCCUGCAAAGGGCUGCCGGGGAGCGGACACGAGGGAUGCUCCUGGGCACCAAGAAGCUGCCUUGGCCACUGCCGCGUGCUCCUGGUUUCCAGUGCUGGAGGAGCUGCCAUGCUGGGGUGAUGAACAAAGCCCGAGGGAUUUGACACCUGCCCUGCUCCCCAGCCUCACCCCCCCGCCUCGUCCCCCUGCCCUGGGGCCAGGCAGGGGCAGCAGCAGUGCCAGGAGCCGGGGGGCAUCGCCUCCAUCCCCACAGGGAGCUGAGCACCCCCUUUGCAGAGGAGGCAGCCCCAGCAGGACAGAGGGGACCUCGUGCUGCUCCUUGUCACCUCCCUGCCCGAGCCCCUCUCAGCUGGGCAGGGGGGACACCCCUGUCCCAUGCAGCCCCUGAUUCAGCUGCACAUGUUUGGGGUUGUUCCCAGCACAGCACUAACUCUCUACGGAGCUUUUCCUUGACCCCCCCAUUCUCUGUUUGGAAAUCGUGCAGGAUUUUCGUGCACACAGGAGUGUGCCCAGCAAGCCCCAAACUACUCCGAUGGCUACAGGACGGCCACAGCCACCUGGAUCCUGGUGCUUGCCACCGGCCGUCCUGGCUGGCACAAAGGGCACCGCGUGGGGACCACCGUGGUUGGUGACAGCUCUGCCACAGCCACCUGCUGACCACGGGGAUAAAAGACAAAACCGUGCGGGUCCAGCUGCCCUGAGCUCAGGUGGGACCAGGGGAUCCCUGGGGAGCAGCAGGGCAUGGAGGUGCCCACGCUCCCGGCACCAUCGAGUCUUCCAGUACGGCCGUGCCGUGGUCGGCCCCGCGCUCACCGCCCGCCCCGGACCAGCUCCCGCUGCACCGUUACUUGAACAAAGGAAGGAGUUCCCCCUUCUCUCCAUGAAUACCCCAGUAGCAAAAUGUACAAAAAAAAAAAAAAUGUGAAGACUAAAUUACCUGUAUUAACUAAGAAGCAUUAUGCAAAUAAUUAAAAGAGCAUGUAAAUUAAUUUUCUAUCUAUGCAUGGGAUGCAUACGGUAUAUUUUAUUAAAGACCUGAGUGACCCA